GCCUACACCAACAUAUGUCAAACACUGGACGAACGUCCGAUUUGGGCGAUAAUUGGCGGCUUGUUAACGUCUAAUCUUGUUCGCCGACGAAAAGAGUGCACGAGCCCUUAGUAGCUGGCCUUCCAGGCAGCCACUUCAGUACUGCCAAAACUGGAAAUGAGGCUCAACAAGAGCUCUGCUGCGAAAGGCAAGGCUACAGAUCUAGAGCGCAUCCGUAACAACCAACGUCGCUGUCGCGCGCGACAAAAAGAAUACAUCGCAAGUCUCGAGGACAAGAUCCGUCAAUACGAAGGCAUGAGUUUUGAAACUACAACUAAACAGAAGCUUGAGGAGCUUGCUUUAGAAAACAGAUCGUUGAAGCGGCUCCUGCAAGUCUUGGGACUGCGCGAUGAGGUUCUCGACGCUUACAGCAAUGCUGUUCGAAUUGCUCCAGAUAUCUCGUGGCCGCUGCUGGGAAACGAACAUCAUGCUGUAUCCAGAGAGUGUUCGGCUCCCAACCUCUCGCUGGACAGACUGGAGCCACACAUGCCACCUACUGCAACCCACGAAGAACACCCUCAACAUACAGCUGGCCAAUCGGCAGAUAUUUCAAUCUCGGAACGAGAAUUCUUAGACUUGCCGCAAACUGAUGUACCUCUACCAUGGGAGUUUUCCGACUUUCAUGCUGCCUCCGCCUCUUCCCACAUAGAGCAAUAUGACCAGGUGACUAUGGAUGCUUUGAUGACAGAAGCAUUCAGCAACACAGUCACUGCAGACGAUGUAUCAGACACGACCACGCUCUGUACAUGGGCUUUUUCGCUCGUUCUAAAGAGUAACCUAAAAGGCUACAGCGCUGCAGACUUGGAUCUUAAGCUUCGCGCUGGAUACAAACAUGGUGUCACACCAACCGAGGGUUGCCGGAUAGACAACAAAGUCUUGCUAAAUGUUCUUGCGGAAAUCAUGUAGACCAUCGGCAUUUACCGGCUUGUACUUGACUUUGGAUGAUUCACAACUUCAGUCUCGACAAGAGUCUAAGGUCCUUUUAGGGGUACCCAAAUAGGACCUUAGACUCUACCCUAUUUACUACCCUAUCUGCAGCAAUGCUUGUCUUUUUGCGAGAAAAUUUAACCUAAGAUGCAGGCGUGAUAGUGACUGUUCGAUUGGUAACGGGCCAAAAUUGGUAUAA